AUGACCCGAUCUGAAGGGGAGCUGGAGAUCACAUACUGGCUGCUCGACACGCGCUCGUUAUGGCCCGGCCAAAAGAUCACUGAAGCGGCCGCCGCCGAGCUCCAACUCAUCAGUCCCGAAGAGCGCCAGAACUGCACGCGGAAGUACCACAUUGCAGACGCGCGCAUGAGCCUGGCCUCGGCGCUCCUCAAGCGAUUGUUCGUCUCCAAGUCCCUCGGCAUUCCCUGGAAUCAAGUGCGCUAUGGGCGAAAGCGCGACCCGACCCAUGGGAAGCCCUGCGCACUGCUCCCCGACGGCUCGCAAGCACCCAUAGAGUUCAAUGUAUCGCAUCAGAAUGGCCUCGUCGCGCUGGUGGGGUGUAGUAGCCCCGAAGCAGAGCUCGGCGUCGACAUUGUGUGUACCAACGAACGUUUGGAAUACAACUACAAGCUCAUCGACCGCGAAGGUCUCGACGGCUGGGUCGACAUAUACGAGGAGAUUUUCAGUGACGAGGAGUGUUGGGAUAUCAAGUACAAUGUUGAUCCGUUCCCGCUGCUCGACGGGACCGAGGUCACGGCCGAGAUGCUGGGAAGAUACGAUAGAGUGUGCAAGCGCAACCAGCCCAUCUUCGCGACGCUGCCAUCGGGAGAAAAGCGCAGCUUCAGCAGCGACAUCUUGAUCGACGCAAAGCUCCGGAAGUUCUACGUAUACUGGUGCUUCAAGGAAGCGUACAUCAAGCUUGACGGCGAGGCGCUGCUCGCAAAGUGGAUCAAAGAGCUAGAGUUCAAAAAUGUGCGGGCGCCACGGCCAGGCGCGCCUGCGAGAUGCGCGACCUACGGGACGUGGGGCGAGCGGGUGAGCGACAGCGAGGCCUGGCUGAAGAGAAGGAGACUCACAGAUGUGCGAUUGGAGAUCCAGUCGUUUGAGGAAGACUUCAUGAUUGGCGUUGCAGCGAAGCCUGCGGACAGGCUACCGGAGUAUCUAACGGACUUUAAGAGUUUGCAUUUGGAGCAUGAUAUCGUGGAGUUUGCGACACCGUUUUAA